AUGUCAGAUUACGAAGCGCUUCUGCAAUUCAACCGGAAAAGAGUAUCUCCAGAAAUGGUGGAAUUUUUGGAGUCUACCACACAUUCUGUCGUUAGCGUCAAAGUACAGGAUUCAAGCAAGCAAGCUAAACCGGUCAUUUCCCUUGCAGGAUUCAUUCAGGGUUUGGUGACUCAAUCCAAUGCGCAAGUGCCAACAUUGAUGUCCACAGCAGUAUAUUUGAGCAAACUCAGAGCUAUAAUGCCUUUCAAUGUUCAUGGAAUAGAGACAACACAGCAUCGCAUUUUCCUGGGGUGUCUGAUAGUGGCAGCCAAGAACCUAAACGACUCCAGUCCAUUGAAUCGUCACUGGGCCUCUUAUACAAAUGGACUUUUGAGCACUCGAGAAGUCAACACUUUGGAGCGUGAAUUGCUGGAAUAUUUCGAUUGGAACCUGAGAUUCACAACAGCAGAGCUCAUAACUUGUCUUGCGCCGCUUUUGGCACCGAUCAAAACCCAGAUUUCCACAAAACGUCAAGAGAUGCUGUAUUUCAAUCUGCCUACUUUACAGCAGUCGAAAUCGGGCCAUUACACUGCAGAAAUGGAUACACGAUCUUCCAGCAGCAUGUCGCUUCCAUCAUUGGUAUCGAGUGCCACGAUGUCGACAAUCUCUACAAAGGAUUCGAGAGAAUCCAGAAAAACACCUUUGAUCUCAUCUUCUAGAUCUACACAGCUACGUCAACUAGCUAUUGGCAGCCCGAAUGACUCAAAAAGCCCUUCGAGACAAGCUGCUUCUCAAAAUGAAAAGAGCCGUCUGGCAAGGCCUAUAAUCAUAAAGACUGGCUUGCCUACGCCAACUGAACAUAGUACUGAUUCAAGACAAUUUGGAUCAAGAUCGCGAUGGGCAUCCGUUAUGAGAUAA